GUUGCACGUGUCUGCAUUCACUCGUUUUGUUGAACUUCACACAUUUAUUACUUGGGCGGGUUGCAGGCUCUUCACUUGUCGAAAGUCAACAUCAACACGGAUAAUAGCGCACUGCAUCAGCGAUGGACGACCUCGACCUCCCAGCACUGUCACAAGCCACCAUCCGCGCAGCUCGAACACCACCUCGCCCAUCCUUCCUACUUACCCGCAAACGAACUCACGCCGAUUACGACGACGACCCCGCCACGUCCAGUGAUCCGGCACUUUUCUCCAGCGACGAACAGGCGCCCGACGCCGAAAACUACGUCGCCGGCAAACGCAAGAAACGCAUCUACAAGGGCUCAUGGUGGGACAAACACCCUCGCAAAGACGGCAGCAGGAAGAGUUCACGGAAGCAGGAAUUGACCCGUAAUUUCGACUCUGGCAUUUUCAUGGGCAGUGAGAGUAGCGAAGACCUCUUGUCAAGUGAUUCGUUCACACUGGAAGACGAGCUGUUAAGAGAUCAACAACACCACAGGACGCAACAUAAGUCCGCACUCAGGAUCUGGUCACAUCAGUAUCAGGAUCAAGUUCAGGAUCCUAAUAGCACGCCUAAGCGGUUGCCGCCGAAGCCGGCCGCCAUAAUGUCCAAGGAACACGAGGAAGUUUGUCGCAUUGUCAGGCAAUGUCUGGACAUUGGCAAGGAAGAUGUGGAUUUAUCCUCAAUGUCCUUGAGCGACCUUCCGAACGAAAUCACUUCUCUGAAAACGCUCAGCAAGCAAGACGAGAUCGUCCCUGGAAUGCUUGAUACUGGCACCAAUCUCGAACCGCAGCUACGUAUAUACUUGGCCAACAACCUGCUGCAAACGUUUCCGACGCCUAUCCUUGAAUUGCGAAAUCUUCGCGUCCUGUCUCUGCGCCACAACGGGCUGAAGUCCAUUCCCCCUUCCAUCAGAGAAUUGGUCAACCUGGAGACUCUGAACGUAGCAGGAAACCAGCUGGAGUUUCUCCCAUUCGAGAUUCUCGAGCUUAUUAGGUUCCACAACCUGCGAGAGUUAAGAUGCCAUCCCAACAACAGCUGGUGCGCCAACCCUCCUGUAGGAUACAACUAUGACAGGGAGGUGCUUUCUGCGCAAUCGACCUUGCUUGUCCGCAAGUCUUCUCUGGCUUGGAAACAAACGUUGCUGGAUCAACCUCCAAACCCUAACUCUAGGGUGUCUUCGUUGAAAGAAAUUGUCCUUCGUCAGCUGGCGAAGCUAGAUCCUCAGAACCAAAUCGACUUUCGCGCUUUAAUGCCUCCUGAAACUCCCGAUAUCAUCCUCGACGAAUUGGACGUCCUUCAUGCUGCGCCUGGCCGCAGGUGUAAUUUCUGCCAACGGCCUAUAGUCUUGGCGGCGAAAGAGCAUAUCGAGUGGUGGAGCUCAAAAGGAAUCUUUGAAAAGGAGUUCCAUGCCGUGCGGCUGCCGAGGUGGCCGUUCAAAAGAUUGGAGUGUCGAGAGGGAUGUUCUGAGAUAAAUGACCAGUGGCGAAAUGGCGCAGACGAUACAAAGGACGCUGUUGCAAGAAGAAGUAGGACGCAAUAGAGGACGGCGAAGAUGUGUACGCAUUUGAUUCCAGGAUGAAAGAGUUGGAUCCUCCUACUGAAGCUGUGUACAAGAGAUAGGAGCUGGAUGAGUGACUAGCGCAGCAGACCAUCUUGUAUGAGCUAUCAUCGAUCCAAAAAUGUGGACGAGUCGCGAAACGCUGAGAGCACAGCAGGUCUUUUCCUUCUUGGACGUGUCACAGACAUGGUUUGCUCCCUUUAUCCUUUGCUCUCGAGUCUGGUGACGAGC